AUGAUGACAUUGGCGAAGAAGAUCCAGGAAUACAAUCGCGCGGUAGCUCGACAAGUAGAGGAACGUGAAUUGAGGGAGCGCCGCGAACGUGUUCGCAAGGCGCAAGAGGCGAACCGCAAAGCACAGGAGGAAGCCGCUAAGUUUGCCGAUGAAGAUUUCGGAGGAAUGGGUGGUGGAGACCCAACCGGAGGUCUGGGUUCAGUACUCAAUGAUCCAGAAGUUGCAGAAGCAAUUAAGGAUCCUGAGGUCAUGUCCGCCUUCUUGGAUAUCAUGAACAAUCCAUCAAACCUGAUGAAACAUAUGGGCAACCCGAAAGUGAUGAAACUUAUUGCUAAAAUGAAAGACAUCAAGGCGCCUGGAAUGGGUGGAAUGUUUGGCGGUGGAGCGGCACCCGGUGGAUGUCAUAUGGGUCCGAAAUGUGGAGAUUCAGGAUGCGGUGGUGGUGGUUCCGCCUCCUCAGCACCACCUAAAGCUCCUGAACCUGACCUCGACUAA